CAGUUUUUAAACGUGGUUUUACAGUUUUAAUUAAAUUUAAUUAGUGUGACUUUUGGAAAGAAAAUUGAAAAUGAUUGUCAGCUGCAACUGUUGCAAGUAUAUUUUACCUCGAAUUUAAAUAUGUUUACAGAAUCUGUGAAAGUCCUCGGCGUAGUUAUAUGGUUCAACAUCAAAAAUGUUUAUGGUUUUAUUAACCGUAAUGAUACGAAAGAAGAUGUAUUUGUACAUCAGUCUGCUAUAAUCAAGAACAAUCCGAACAAGAUUUUACGCAGUCUUGCUACUGGAGUAACGGUAGAAUUUGACGUGGUUGAAGGUAAAAAAGGGCAUGAAGCAGCGAAUGUUACUGGUCCUAAUGGGGAUGCAGUAAAAGGAUCACCUUAUAUGCACCGGAAAGGAGGAAAGAUAACUAUCGCCAGUUAUUGUUUUUUGUUCGCCGUCCUAAUACCCUUCCAAGCGAUAGUUGUCAAAGUGGUGACAAGGAAGAACCUAAAAAUGAAGUAGGAGACUAACCA